AGGCUCCUCAUAAACCGGCUAUGCUAUUACUGUCUAGAGAGCAGCCAUUGGACUACAGUAGUGCAGUGUCUGUUAGUUUCAGUGCUUCACGCUGUAAGAUAUCCACUGGGGUCAGCUUUUGAGCUGAGGCUUUUUAACGCUAUUGUUGACAGGAUUUGCUGGCAAACGCAUCACGUCCAUCUUGGUUGUAAACUGCAGGGGCGAGCACGUUAAGGUGGAUGUGUCAGGUUUUGGUGACAGUGGGGCGCUGCCGAUGACCGGCCUGGGUGGAGAGGAGAUAACGAGUUAAAACACGGCUGUGUGGAGCUGUCACUGACAGAUAAUGCUGUUCAACAACCGUCGGACACGAACAAUAACUUGGCCCACAUUGGGCUUGGGUUUUCUGAAGAGACCAGGAGCCGAAAUGCUGCUGCAGUGCUGAAUGAAGCUGCAUUUGAAAACAGCAGUGCGAGUUACUCUGACUGGUAAAUUCAGUGAUGCGUUUAGUCAUAGCUGUUAACCUCGACUGUUAGUUAUAUUUAUUAGGGCGCGUGUUUCGUACUUUCUGCUCUUUUUCAUAGCAUUUGAUAAUGGCAGUGAGAGUGAUAAUGUUUCAGGCUUCAUGAAGUUACCUGGAUCACAGCUAACUUAAUCUGCAAAUGCAGGACGACUUUUUAUCCAUAUUAUCUGUAACUUUAUGCACUAAUUAUGCUGCGAAUUACAAGAUUCACCGCUGCAGGAAAACUGCUAUCACAAAAGUGGAGCAUUUCCUGCUCCCGUCCUGAAAGACUUUACCAGCUGCCUUGUCGGACUUUGAGAAGGUCGCGGAACAGGCCGGUUUCAGAGCGGGGAGCUGAACACUGUGGGCUCUCUUUUGUACCUCUGUACGUGAGGAAUGUCCCGUCCCAACAUGCGUGUAUCCGCCUGGGAGUGGGUUUUGUUCCCCGCGGUGUUUGGCCACACUCCAUGCGGGCUGUUGCUCUGUACAGCACCUCAGCGGACUCGAAGCGAGCAGAGCAUGCGGGAAACGAGGAAAGUCAGAUCAAGACCAACGACAUACCUGCUCGGAUACCCUCAAAUGACCUCAAAAAAUUGUUGCAGCUUGCCCAGCCGGAACGCUGGAGACUGACGGCUGCGGUGGGCUUCCUGGUUGUCUCCAGUGCCGUCACCAUGUCUGCUCCGUUUUUCCUGGGUCAGGUGAUCGACACCAUCUACACAAGCUCAUCUGCAGACUUCAGCUCCUCCCUGACGUCGCUUUGUAUCAUGCUAGCAGGAAUAUUCCUGUGUGGAGGUGCUGCAAAUGCUGUUCGUGUCUACCUCAUGCAAGUUUCAGGGCAGCAGAUUGUGAGAAACUUACGUGAAUCCCUUUUUUCCUCGAUUUUGAGGCAGGAGGUGGGAUUCUUUGAUAAAACUCGCACUGGUGAGCUCAUUAACCGCCUUUCAGCCGAUACGGCUCUGGUCGGACAUGCGCUCACUGACAACUUGUCUGAUGGCCUUCGGUCGGUUGCCCAGGCUGCAGCUGGAGUCAGCAUGAUGUUCUAUGUGUCUCCCAGUCUGGCUACUUUUGUCCUAAUGAUUGUGCCUCCUAUGGCUGGCCUGGCUGUUAUCUACGGAAGAUAUUUGCGCUCCAUAUCCAAACGAACACAGGAUUCUCUGGCACAGGCUACACAGCUGGCAGAGGAGAGGAUCAGUAACUUGCGCACAGUUCGGGCUUUCGGCAAAGAGCUGUCAGAGGUGCAGAAGUAUGCAGGGAAGGUUGACCACGUCCUCCACCUGGCUAAGAAAGAAGCUGUGCUUCGUGCUGGGUUCUUUGGAGCUUCGGGUCUGAGCGGAAACAUCAUCGUUCUGAGUGUUCUGUACAAGGGCGGGCUGCUGAUGGCCAGUGAGCACAUGACUGUAGGAGAGCUCACCUCCUUUCUCAUGUAUGCCUUUUGGGUGGGCAUCAGCAUCGCUGGCUUCAGCUCAUUCUACUCUGAGCUGAUGAAGGGGUUUGGUGCUGGAACUCGUCUGUGGGAGCUAGUGGAACGAAAGCCUGAAUUUCCUCUCAAUGAGGGACUCGUAUUAAAACCAGAGCACCUCAAAGGAGCUCUAGAAUUCCAUAAUGUGUCCUUUGCUUACCCAACGAGAAAGGAUGCUCCUAUUUUUGAGGACCUCAGCCUGUCUGUUCCAGCUGGCUCAGUGAUGGCUGUGGUGGGGCCCAGUGGCUCAGGAAAAUCUACUCUGGUGUCCCUUCUGCUCCGCCUUUAUGAUCCAGACUCAGGCAUGGUAACUGUAGACGGUCAUGACAUUCGAGAUUUGAAUCCUUACUGGCUGCGCAGUCAUAUUGGAACAGUAAGCCAGGAGCCUGUACUUUUCUCCUGCUCUAUUGCUGAGAACAUUGCUUAUGGGGCAACAGACCCCAGUAGGGUCACACCACAGGACAUCAUCCGUGCAGCGCAGAUAGCUAAUGCACAUGGCUUCAUUCGUGGUUUCCCUCAAGGUUUCGACACUGUGGUUGGCGAGAAAGGUGUCCUACUCUCAGGUGGACAGAAACAAAGAAUUGCUAUUGCAAGAGCUUUGCUGAAGGAUCCAAAAAUACUCCUAUUAGAUGAAGCCACGAGUGCUUUGGAUGCAGAGAAUGAGUUCCUGGUGCAAGAGGCUCUCGAUCGGCUGAUGGAGGGCCGCACCGUGCUCAUCAUCGCCCACCGGCUGUCCACCAUCCAAAGUGCAGACGCUGUGGCAGUGCUGGACCAGCGUCGUGUGGUGGAAUGUGGCCGACAUGCUCAGCUUCUUGCGAACCAAGAUGGCCUCUUCCGCAAACUCAUGGAGAAGCAGGCCUUUCCACAAUCUGAGCAGAGAGAGGCUCUCUCCAAGUAGAAGAAAGUUUAUGUUAUGAAAGCACUGAUAGAAGUAGACAUAUAUAAACCCCGGAGUACAGCUUGAAAACAAACUGAUGUUGAUGCUGCAGCUGGAAUUCUAUUUGCUUCUGUGUCUGAGUGCCUAUGUUCACCAAUAUAAGGGAAGUACAAAGACUUUAUAUUUAAAAGGGACUGAUGUGUAAGCCAGUUUAAAACACUGCCACUUUACAUGUAACUAGAGUUUUUACAUUAUCAUUGAUAAAGACAGGGUGCUACUGUGAUAUCAGUUUAAAUAGCUGUCAUUGAAUAUUUAACAUCAUAUAAUAAGAAUUUGUACUAAUACAGUAUGCACAUAAACAUGUCAACAUGGAUGUGCAGUAUUUUUGCUAAUAAGAGACAAAAUGUAUAUAAAAACUGAGAACAUAUGGGAAAGACAGAAAGAAAGUUUAUUAUUGUGGUUCCUGUUCAGUAGCACUAUAUAACAUGGAGAUCCUGCCUCUGAUAUUCCAGUUGACAAACCUAAUGAGCUCAUAAAUUGUGUUUAAAAAAAGUCAUACUCUCCACCACAACAUUAAUCAAUGUACAUUAUUAGACACUAUAAAUCUACGUAGUUCUUUAGCACAUAACUUCCUUUUGUACAACAUCAAGAAAUAAUUUGAUCAUGUUAACAUGAAAGUUCAGUCUGUGAAUCACUAAUCACAGUUAUUGCAACAAAAUUCUUUCUGCUUUGUCUUGUGUAUUCAUGUUAAAGUAGUUUAAAGAAGAAUCACUCGCUGCUGUAACAGGAAAUCACUUGUAUAUUUUAAACUGAGAGAUGAUUAUUGUCACCUUGGUAUUUACAAGCAUACACUAUUAGAAUUUUUAACAUAUAUGUUGCUUUUUCACUCCUCAAUCAGAAUGUGUUUUAUCGUUGGGAAUAUUUUAAUGUUUGGCGUGAUGAUUUAUCAGAAUUGUUUAUAUAUAAUAAACUACUUAUAUAGACAUUGAGGUUUUGAUUUUAUUCACAGCAUUUCAUAUCAAUUUAACCAGAGGAAUGGGCAACUAUCUUUUCUCCGUCCCAAUCAACAAGUCUUUAAUGGAUUCAGUUGAAAUUGACCAAGCACUUACCACCAAAAGAGGGCACUGUUGCCCUUUAAAAAGAUUUGCAUGAGUCAUGUCACCUUAUCUGUAACUCAUUUUGUAACUUUUUUCCCUGACCUAUCUGUCUAACCUGUCUCUAAAUUAAAAUGAUGUAUCCUAUGA